CUCAUCAAAAGUCAACACUUAUAGUUCAUACGGAGCAAUGCGAAGUUUGAGCCCUCAACGUUGGCACAGACUACGAGUCUAUGACUCUACGAGUGCCUAGACUGCCUACAAGGCUACAAGUUAAUCGCAAGCAAGGUCAAAAGAUUCAAGAAUCCCACACUACUGCGGAGUGCGUAGCCUCUCUCCUUUGUCAACCAUCUUCUGCAAAAUCCGCUAUUACUUCUGCUGCUGAAAUCAGUCAACCUUUGACUCCGACGCUCAAACUUAGGGUUUAGUCUUCCCUCACUCAACUUCUGCUUCCCCCUGUUCUGAUGACCAGCGCAUGGACAAAUAUGAGCUUUGGAAUUCAUAGGGAUGUAGAGAGGGGGAGUGGGAGAACUGGGUGGAGUAAUGGAAUUUUUAUAAUAAAAUAAGGGAGAACUUUGCUCAUUCUUUGGAGAACUAUGCAUCUGCAAAAACUUGAGAAAGCAUUGGCGAUCAAAUAAAUAUCAAAUAUAUAUUAGCUUUGGAGCCUCUUGGAGCAUAUGAGCAAUGGAGCUUAUGGAGCAUCGCUCACCUCAAGGAUUGCUCUCUUGGUUUGCUUCAUGAGAAUUUGUGAGUAGAGUGACGAAGCAAUACAAAUGAGUAGCCGUUUCUCUCGCACCAUCUAUGUUGGUAACUUACCUUCCGAUAUCAAAGAACAUGAGAUUGAAGAUCUGUUCUACAAGUAUGGUCGUAUUUUGGAUGUUGAAUUAAAAGUUCCACCUCGACCUCCUUGUUUCUGCUUUGUGGAGUUUGAGAGUUCCCGAGAUGCUGAAGAUGCAAUUAGGGGACGUGAUGGCUACAACUUCGAUGGCUGUUGCCUAAGGGUUGAACUCGCACAUGGUGGGCGAGGAUCAGGAUCAUCAUCUGCUAGUGAACGUCGUGCUGGAGGGCGUUAUGGUGCAUCGCGCCAUACUGAGUAUCGAGUCAUUGUCCGUGGGCUUCCAUCAUCUGCAUCAUGGCAGGAUUUAAAGGAUCACAUGCGAAAAGCUGGUGACGUGUGCUUUGCUGAAGUUUCACGUGACAGUGAAGGAACCUUUGGCUUGGUUGACUAUACCAAUUCUGAAGACAUGAAAUAUGCUAUCCGGAAACUGGAUGACACUGAAUUCAAAAACCCUUGGGCAAAAUCUUAUAUCCGGGUGAAGAGGUAUGACAGAAGCCCAAGUAGGAGCCGCAGCAGGAGUAGAAGCCCGAAAAAGAGUAGAAGCAAAUCGCUGGAAAGGUCAGUGUCAAGAUCACCAUCUAGAUCAAGGUCUGCAUCUCCUGUGAAAUUAACCAGGCCAAAGUCUAGAUCCAAGUCAAGAUCCCCCUCCAAGUCACGGUCAAGGUCCAUUUCACCCCGGUAGUACCAGUCAGGCACUUGGGUCAGAUCAGUUUCUCUGCCCUGCAAGCAGCAAUUUAACGAGUACGCCUCUAAUGUGUCUCCAAGCAAAUACUUAGCAUUGCAUGAACUUUUCACUAGUAUAAAAAAUGUUCCCCUUCUGGCUAUUGGAACUCUGUAAAAAUAGACAUGUGAGGCAGUUUUAGAGACAUUAAUUGUGCUUUUAGUAGCUCUUUAGUCUGAAGAUUAUAUUGAGGAGUCCAUUUUAAGAACAUUGUUGCUUAGUGUGUUUUGCUUCUAGUUUUUAAUAUGGUUUGCUGGAUUUAUAAAGAAGAUUUUAUUAUUUGGAGACAAGUUUAUAUACAAUUCUAUGUCCUUGUGAAAAUUGUUUAUUUUUAUGACCCGUGGAGCAUGUGAGCGUGUAAACUGUUUCUCUA